AUGGAUGGGCAACACUUUGUUCACUCAUCCCCUAAAUUUCCACGUGCUAAACCCUGUAAACCACUUCACCAGUUAUUCUCAGAUUCUCAUUCACUUAUUCAAAUUUUAUCAUUCUCUUUCAUUUACUCUCCCAUUCUGCAUACUUUUUAUCCCCAUUCUCUCAUUCUUUUAUCCUCAUUCCGCUAUUCUCUCUCUUUCUCUCUCAUUCUUUUCAUUCUCAUUUUCUCAUUCUUAUUUACUCAUGCCUCUAUUUUCUCUGAUUCUCUAUUCUUUUCAUUCCCCUUCUCUCAUUGUUUCAUUCUUAUUCGCUCAUUUCCCCAUUCUUUCUCAUUCUCUAAUUUUCUCAUUCACUCUCUCUCUCUCUCCCUCAUUCUCUCAUUAUCUCUCUAUCAUUCUCAUUCUCUAAUUUUCUCAUUCACUCUCUCUCUCCAUCAUUCUCUCAUUCUCAUUCUCACUUUUUCCAGUUUACUAGUUCUGCAGCUAUCUGAAAAUCCUAUCGAUCAAACCAACAUGGCGUCCCCUUAUCUUCUCUCCACCCUUAUUGACUCUGACUGCCCGGCCAAAAUUAAACACCGCGACCUAAAUCUCUUCAACUACGUGACCAAAAUCUCACAACGGUCUACGGAGACAUUCUUUCUCACUUGUCAUUGGGAGAUCAUAUUCCCAAUUCGUUACUCGGCCGUCAAAACCUCCGUUCGUGGUCACCCGUCGACUCAACCUUCUUCGCUACUCGUGUGA